AUGCGUUUGGUGCAGAGUUUCUCUAAGCGGGGGGUUGCACAACACACGAAGAAACCCGCAGCAGAUUUUGAAGAAACAUGGGUUAAGUUUGCGAUGAAGUUCUGGGAAAACACGAAAGCUGAUUUAUGGAGUCUACUAUCUACAACGUUGGCGAGACCGCAGUUUAUUUCGACACCCCACCGAACCAAUAUCAAGUACACCGAGAAACACUCGGCUGAUCACUGUGCUCACAAUUCGAACCGAUGGCAAGUUUGGGGAAGCAUUGAAAAGGGCGAGCUGCUGAGUUACCUACAAGGCCAAGGACACAUCUACUGGUUCAGGAAAACGACUGGAUGGGCAGCCGAGUUUGGGAGAUCUAUGCUAAAGAGCUAUAGAAGUUCGAAAUAG